AUGCCAAUGCUUCCUCCUACGCCUUCCUCGCCGGCAAACCAAAAAAAUGAAGAGGAAGCUCUGGUUUUUGAUGCAUCUGUUCUUCAGGGUGAAUCCAACAUACCUUCGCAAUUCAUAUGGCCGGACCAUGAAAAGCCAUGUGCCGAGUUGCCGGAGCUUAUAGUCCCUCCGAUUGACUUGGGCGGUUUCCUCUCCGGGGACCCACAAGCAGUCUCAAAUGCUUCUCUGUUGGUCAACGAGGCAUGCAAGAAACACGGCUUUUUUCUGGUUGUAAAUCAUGGGAUUGAUACGAAAUUUAUAGCUAAAGCACACAAUUUCAUGGACGACUUCUUCCGCAUGCAUAUCUCAGAAAAGCAAAAGGCUCAAAGAAAGAUCGGCGACCACUGUGGGUAUGCUAGCAGCUUCACCGGCAGGUUCUCCUCCAAGCUUCCGUGGAAGGAGACUUUUUCUUUCAGAUAUUGUGCCGGCGAUCCCUCAUCGAAAAUUGUCGAGGAUUAUAUCGUAAAUGUGAUGGGCGAAGAUUUCAAACAGUUCGGGAGGGUGUAUCAGGAAUACUGUGAAGCCAUGAGCACUCUCUCCCUUGGGAUCAUGGAGCUUCUGGGAAUGAGCCUAGGUGUUGGGAGAAAGUUUUUCAGAGAAUUUUUUGAAGGAAACGAUUCAAUAAUGAGAUUGAACUAUUACCCACCAUGCCAAAAACCAGAUCAAACACUUGGAACGGGGCCACAUUGUGAUCCCACAUCGUUAACAAUCCUUCACCAAGAUCAAGUUGGCGGCCUUCAAGUGUUUGUAGAUGAACAAUGGCACUUCAUUAGACCAAACCCGGAUGCUUUGGUUGUCAACAUUGGCGACACGUUUAUGGCUCUGUCAAAUGGGAUUUACAAGAGUUGCUUGCACAGAGCAGUGGUGAACAACAGAACAGUGAGGAAAUCUCUUGCCUUCUUUCUAUGUCCGAGGAUGGACAAGGUGGUGACUCCGCCAAGAAGCUUGAUCAACGCUGAAAAUCCAAGAACAUAUCCAGACUUCACAUGGCCGAAUUUCCUCGAAUUCACGCAGAAACAUUACAGGGCCGACUCGAAAACCCUAGAUGCCUUCUCGAAUUGGCAUCGACAGAAUCACAAGAACAUCCAAGAAAACAAAAACAAGGAUUUUGAAGUGUCCGUUGCCCGUUAG